UUGUUUCUCUAUAAUACCAUAGAUUUCUAGGAGUUGACAUACAUUUUCAGCGAAGGUUCAAAUCUCGAAAUUUGGGAACAAAAAAAGGUUGAGCAUAUAGCAGGGCGGCUUUCAUUUCUUUCAUCAGUCGGAACAAACGUAGAUUUACUUUAUACCCUUGAACAAAUAUCAUCCGCCUGUCAGUUUUUUUAAGAUGGCAUCAUCUUCACAAUAUGCUCACAGAUGGAAAUACGACGUCUUUGUGAGUUUCAGAGGUGAAGAUAUCCGUAAAACAUUUAUUGAUCAUCUGUUUAGUGAUUUCAGAAGGAAAGGGAUCUAUCCGUUCAGAGAUGAUAAGAAGUUAAAGAGGGGAGAAGAGAUAGCACCGGAACUCUAUAGAGCCAUCGAACAGUCAAGGUUCUUGAUAGUCAUAUUCUCAAAUGACUAUCCCUCAUCUACAUGGUGUAUGAGGGAGCUUGUGAAGAUCCUUGAAUGCAAAAAGAGAGAUGAUGAAUACGAAGUUCGGGUACUUUUCUACAAUGUCACCCCUGAAGUGGUAAAGAAUCAAAGUGAUAGUUACAAAGAAGCCUUCAAUAAACAUGAAGCUUUAAACAGAAAAGAGGUACCCAAGUGGAAGGAAGCUCUUAAAUUCUCUGCCAACUUAUCAGGAUGGGACCUCCAAUCUCUUUCCAAUGGGCAUGAGCCAAAACUUAUAGAAGCAAUCUCAAAGGAGAUAUUUUAUAAACAAACCAAUGGGCCGUUAGAUGUUGGUGACAACCUAGUUGGAUUAUACUCCCGUGCAGAUCAAAUGGACCUUUUGCAGCUUGUAGAGCCAGGUAAGGUUCACAUGAUAGGAAUAUGUGGUAUUGGUGGAAUAGGGAAAACAACAAUCGCCAAAGCUGUCUUUAACCUCCUGCACAAACAUUUUGAGGCAUACAGCUUUUGUGAAGAUAUUAAAGGUGCCGAAGAACGUCAUGGCUUAGUCCAUCUCCAGGAAAACCUUCUUGAGAGUCUUAUGCACGCAAGCAAUAUUAAGAUACGUAGCAUUGGUCACGGAGUCAGCAUAAUAAAGAGAAGUUUGUCAAACAAAAAGGUACUUGUUGUACUAGAUGAUGUAGAUGAUUACAACCAAUUGGAAGCUUUAGCUGGAUCACCUUCUUGGUUUGGUCCUGGAAGUAUUAUUAUAGUUACCGGUAGAGAUAAACAGUUGCUGAUUGCUCGUGGAGUUGAAGAUAUAUACGAGGUUGACCUUUUACACGACUAUGAAGCGCUUGAGCUUUUUAGUCUUUACGCCUUUAGAAAUAAAGAUCCAAAAGAAGAAUUUAAAGAUCUUGCUAACGAAGUAGUUAAUUAUGUUAAAGGACUUCCCCUUGCUCUUAAAGUUUUGGGCAGCUUUCUAUUCAUGAAGACUGUAAAAGAAUGGGAAACUCAACUACAGAAGCUUCGCAGAUCUCCUCAUUCACAAAUACAGCAAGUACUUCGGAUAAGUUAUGAUGCGCUAGAUUAUGAUCAAAGAAACAUCUUCCUUGACAUUUCAUGUUUCUUCAAAGGGGAGAACAAAGAUUAUGUUAUGAAAGUUUUAGAUGGCUGUGAUUUGUUUUUUGCAACUAAUAUUAGAGUUCUUAUUGAUAAGGCAUUAGUAUCAGUUUGUAAUGAUAGACUGGAAAUGCAUGAUUUGAUCCAAGAUAUGGGCAGGCAAAUUGUACAUGAAGAAUCUGAAGAGCCUGGUAGGCGCAGCAGAUUAUGGUUUCCAUCAGAUGUAUUCUUUGUAUUAAACAAGGAUAAGGGAACUGAAGCUGUUAAAGGCAUAGCCUUGGAUGUUUCGCGUUUAGAACUCAAUAUUUGUAGUGAAACCUUCAAAAACUUGAAUCAUCUUCGACUACUAAGCUUUCGUAUCAGAUCAUGGAAUGACCUUAGAGACCCUAAUGGCAAAAUACGAGAGAGCAAAUUGGGCAUAGAAACAAAGGUGAAGGCAAUUUCUAGAAGCCUUGAUCUAUUGUCAAGUGAAUUAAGGUUAUUUUGUUGGCAUGGGUACCCGUUCCAGCAUUUACCAUUAGCGUUCUACCCAGAGAGCCUUGUUGUUCUUGAUUUGUCAUAUAGUUACAUCAAAGAAAUUUGGAGCGGAUCAAAGGGUUUCAUAAAGUUGGUGUCAAUGAAUCUUGGUCAUUGUCGUAACUUGAUAAAGACACCGGAUUUCACUACAACUCCGAAUCUUGAAGAACUAGUACUUAUCGGCUGUGAAAAUUUGAUCGAAAUUCACCCAUCGGUUGGACUGCUCACAAGCCUAGUUGUCUUAAAUUUGAGAGACUGCAAACGUCUUGCGAGUCCUCCUAAGUGCACUAGAUUGACAUCUCUUCAAAUUCUUAAUAUGUCUGGUUGCAAGAAAUUGAAUCAAUUUCCUGAAGAUCUUGGAAAAAUGAAAGCAUUAGUGGAACUUCAUGCUGACAGGACUUGCAUCAAGCAACUUCCCUAUUCUGUAUUGUCUCUUGGCAACCUUCGUGUAUUAGCAUUAGGCCAACGAGGAGGUAUGCAAAAUAACUCGUUGGGUUCUAUCCGUUGGCCGUCAGUCAUACCAAGCAGGACGCACCACCCACCAGGUGCAGUAUUGCCUUCUUUAUCCAAUUUAAACAAGUUAAGGCAUAUAAAUAUUAGUCACUGUAACCUAACAGAAGCUAACCUUGAUGGCAUUGAAUGUUUAUCAAUGCUUGAAACUCUAAACCUGAGUGGGAAUGAUUUCAAAAGUUUGCCUAGUUUAUCUAAACUUGUGCGCCUUGAAACACUCGGGCUGGUUGGUUGUAAGAAGAUGGAGGCUUUGCCAGAACUUCCUCCAAAUAUUGGAUUGAUUGAGGCACAGGACUGCAUAUCGUUGAGGGAAUUACCAAUGAGAUCAACCAUAUAUGAAAGUAACACUCUAUGCUUCGAUUUCACCAACUCUCCGAAAGUGAUGGAAAAUCAAUCAGUUGAAAGCCUGGUUACCAUGUUGCUGCCACAGGGACGCAUUGAUCCUUAUAAGAUAGUGAGUGUACACCUUCCAGGAAGUAGAAUUCCUGGGUGGUUUACUAAUCAAAUUGUGGGAGAUUGUAUAAAAGUGGAGUUACCUCCAGAUUGGUGUUACGAAAAGUUCAAAGGGAUAGCAAUAUGCCUUGUUUUUACUACCAGAAAUCGCAACCGCCGCAAGAGUAACUAUGGAUCAGUUUGGUAUACAUUCAAAAACUAUGAUGAUACCCCUAUUGGUAAUGUCCACUCUUUUCCAGAUACUGUAUAUCAAUACGAAAACGUAGGAAUCAACUCGGACCAGAUGCAUCUGUGUUAUCAUCAAUCUGGACCAGAUUGGGAGAAAGCAAGAGAUUUCAUUUCGGUUUCAUUUGACGUCUAUGGUAAAGAUUGUGUGGUGAAAAUGUGUGGUGCGAGACUGGUGUUUGAGGAAGAUGCACAAGAAGAAGAACAAGGUAGUGGUUUGAAAAUGAUUCAAUGGCUACCUCUGCCUUCUCAUGCUGAAGACUAAUUAUGGAAUAAUUUAUUUCACCAUAAUUGUAAGUUUAAAGAAAAACAUGUUAUCUCUUCUCAUAACUGUGUCAUCUAUGUUACAAAAGAAGCAAUAAAAUUUGUAAUUAGAUGAUUACUCAAUUGGAUUGUAUGAUGGUUUUGGUGAUCUACGGUUUUGAUUCGUUAUCCGAACUUUGAGACUUUCCAGCAA